UUCACCAGCACUGUUCACUUCUUAAGUGGUUGAGAACUCUUCUUUCAUGGCAACUCAAGACUCUGAACCUUUACACUGGCGCUACACAGAACUUGAUGACAGGAACUUCGAGGUUCAUGGCCGUAGUCUCGUCUUCAUACUAAUCCUCUUUGCUGUUCUUAUCCUCAUCACUCUAUUAUGCAUUUACGCGAGAUGGGCAUGUGGAUAUGGUCAGAUCUCUUCUACUACUCCUCCACCACCUGGCGCCACCAACACUGGAAACGCAAUCACGACGGUGCAAAACCAACGGUCUAAUUCAGCUGGAUUGGAUAGAGUCACCAUAGAUAGAUUGCCUAUCAUCUUACACAAAGCGUCGAAAUCGUCUCCCUGUAAUGGUGAAGCAGCGGGUGAGCAGUGCUCAAUAUGCCUUACUAUGUUUGAAGAUGAAGAGAAGGUCAAGAUUUUACCUAAUUGUAAACAUUGUUAUCAUCCAGAAUGUGUAGAUGCAUGGCUUAUAACUCAUUCUAGUUGUCCGCUUUGUCGAUCUUCACUCGAACAACUUCUUGAUAGUGAUCUUCCAUGACUGGAAUGUUACUCAUCAUUUGAUUGUUUCUCAUCAUCAUGGAUUUCAUGGGGGAUGAACUACUAAAAAUAGAAGAAUAAGAAAGAAGAAUAAGGAGAUGAGAGUAGGCAAAUAUGGGCAAGAAUAAUGGCCACCACAUGGGUUCCAUUCUUGUAGGUUCCUUGUGUCCCCUUUUUGUUUUGUUGUUUUUUUCGGGGAUGUUGACAAAGGAAGGUGAUUUCUCCUUAUUUGUGAAGAUACCAAACAAAAACCAUUAGAGGAGUGCAUUUGUAUAUACAUAUUGAGGUUAUUGUAAUUCAUUUUGGACUCUUUCUAUGUCUAAAUUAGCGAUGGAUAGAGGGUAUUAUGUUGCUAUCAUAAAUUUAUGUCUUCAUUAGGCUGGCUUAGACUUGGACGUCUCUCAUGUUUCAAUCCACAUUUUCGCCUCUUUCUUUGA